AUGGGAGGCAGCUGGAUUAAUGAGCUCCCGAACGUGUUGUGGGCCCUCCGCACGACAUCGAAGGAGGGGACCGGUCUGACCCCAUUCCACCUAGUGUAUGGUGGUAAAGCGGUCGUCCCCGUCGAAGUCGGAUUAGAGUCCGAUCGGGUGCAGCAUUAUGAUGAAGGUAACGCCGAGCGGAGGCUUUUGGAGCUAGACUUGAUGGAUGAAGCGCGUGCCAAAGCGGCUGUUCGACUGAUGGCGUAUCGACAGUGGAUGCAGCAAACCUACAACCGGAGGGUGAUCCUGAGGUCCUUCCAGGUCGGCGACCUCGCUUGGAAGAAAGUCAGGCCAGUCGGGGAUGUCACCAAGCACAAAGCCCCAUGGGCAAGGCCUUUCAAGGUCAUGGAAAAGCUCCGCUCGGACGCUUAUUAUCUAGAGGACGAGACGGGAAGGCGGCUCGAACAACCAUGGAGCGCAAACCAUCUCCAACCCUAUCGGGCCGGAUGA